UGAAGUGUUGCUUAUAUCUACGGCCUCCACUGUCUGAUUGUGGCUGGCAUCCAUUCUCAUUUAGCUAACAUAACGUUAUGAAAAAUAUCCAAUACAAUAUAAAGAGAUAACGUAGUUAGCUAGAAGUAAUUGGUCGUUUUCAGAAAACGUCCACACACUACAUUUGAAGAGUAACGUUACAGCAGGUGGCUAAAAUGGAGUCAUGUGAUGAUGGAGGAGCACUCAACGUAGGGGGUUCGUCGGGAGAGGAGAACUACUUCCUUGGAUACACUUUCACCGAUCGCUCGCACUCUUCUCGGGUCGUAAAGAGCAUCAUGGACCUGUGUCUGGAGGAUGGACUUUUUGCCGAUGUGAAUGUCAUGGUAGACGGAAAGGAGUUUCAGCUGCACAGGUUGGUGCUGUCAGCCCAGAGUUGUUUCUUUCGUUCUAUGUUUACCUCCAAUCUGAAGGAGGCGCAUAACCGAAGUAUUGAACUUAAGGAUGUGAGUGCCCCAGUAUUUCAGUUGUUGGUGGACUACAUUUACCAUGGCACUAUCAAGCUGCGGGUGGAGGACUUGCAGGACACCUAUGAAUUGGCUGACAUGUACCAACUGACCGCCCUUUUUGAAGAGUGUUCCCGCUUUCUCUCACGCACUGUGGAGGUGAAGAACUGCCUGCAGGUCAUGUGGUUAGCAGAUCGGCAUAGUGACCAGGAACUCUACACAGCUGCCAAGCAUUGUGCCAAAGUCCACUUGGUUCAGUUGCACCAGACAGAAGAGUUUCUUAACCUGCCCCUCCGUCUGCUAACGGACAUAAUUAAAGAUGGCGUUCCAAGCUCUCAGAAUCCUACUGUGGCCAUUGAUUCCUGGAUAAAUUACAAUAAAGUGGAGCGACAGGAGUUUUUGAAUAUUCUCCAGGAUAGCCUAAAGGAGAUCGGUGAGAAUGUGCACAUCUACCUGAUCGGGAAGGAGGAGACGCGCACGCACUCGCUGGCCGUGUCCCUGCACUGCGACGAGGACGACUCCAUCAGCGUGAGCGGCCAGAACAGCCUGUGCCACCAGAUCACGGCGGCCUGCAAACACGGCGGGGACCUGUACGUGGUGGGCGGCUCCAUCCCCCGCCGCAUGUGGAAGUGCAACAUGCACACCAUGGACUGGGACCGCUGCGCCCCGCUGCCCCGCGACCGGCUGCAGCACACGCUGGUCUCCGUGCCCACCGAGGACGCCAUCUACUCCCUGGGCGGCAAGACCCUGCAGGACACCCUGUCCAACGCCGUCAUCUACUACACCGUGCCGGGCAACGUCUGGACCGAGACCAGCCAGCUGGACACGGCCGUGUCCGGAGCCGCCGGCGUCAACCUGGACGGCACCAUCUACCUUCUGGGCGGGGAGGAGAACGACAUGGAUUUCUUCACCAAACCCUCCCGGAUCAUCCAGUGCUUCGACACGGUCUCGCAGAAGUGCCACACGAAGCCAUACAUGCUGCCCUUUGCAGGCUGCAUGCACGCCACUGCCCACAAGGACCUGAUUUUUGUGGUGGCCGAAGGCGACUCGCUGGUCUGUUACAACCCCCUGCUGGACAGCUUCACGCGCCUGCGCUUUCCUGAGGUGUGGAGCUGUGUGCCGUCCCUGUGGAAGGUGGCUAGCUGCAACGGCUGCAUCUACGUCUUCCGGGACAAGUGUAAAAAAGGCGACGCUAACACUCUUAAGUUCAACCCCGCCACCUCUGUGGUUUCCGUCAUCAAGGGUCUCAAGAUUCUCCUCACAAACUGGCAGUUUGUCCUAGCUUGAUUGAUCACUGAACAUCCUUUCAAGUGAAAGCUUUAUUUCAACUCGAUAGCAUUGAGCUUGUGGCUUACAGGGAGAUUGGUGUCCUUCUGAAGUUCAAUGACCAUUGUAUCAACAGCAGUGCUUAGACAUUGGGGAAAGUGUAUAGGUUGUUUUGUUUAUUUAAUCUUUUGAUUUACAUUCAGUCUCCGUAAUCAUGUUACUAUCAAGUUACUCGGUACGCAAUGGAAGUCAGCAUGUAGGAUUAAUAUAUCAGGCAACAACAGAUUUGUUUCUUACCAUGCACUAGUGGUUUCAUAUCAUCAAUGGAGAUUGUUGUCAUAACAUUGGUGUGGAUAUUGGAUGAGGAAGGUAUCUAGCUCUGUUUUCAACAGGCACUCCACCUUUUCAACAUCAUGUUUUUUAUUAUUACUAAUGUGAAAAUGUGAACUUGAAAUUGAAAUGUCACAUUUUACCAAAAAAACAGGAUCUUAAAAAAAGUAAAAGGGACGUAGCUUAGUGAGUUUGUUAAAGAAUAAUGUUGGGAAAAUCAACAGUAUUUAUGAAGAAUAUGAACACUGAUGAGACAAGAAUCUGUUUUGAUAGCUGUGCAAAGCUAACUGUGUUUGUGUUGUUCAGAAAGUUGUGAUGAACAUUCCCUGAUACUGCUGCAUUAGCUGCUGGCAAUUUAAACUAAAGUCCAUACAAGUACGAUGGAGCCAAUUCUUUAUAUUUGUGGAUUUUGGCUUUGCAGUUACAAACAUUGCUGUGUUCUGACUAACCUCCAUUCCCAGUGCAUUCAUUUGAAGUUCUGUGGUGUAUCUAUGUGUAAAUAAAUGUGCGUGCGUGCGUGCGUGCACACUGGCUUCUUUAUAUAAAAAUAUAUCGGCUUUAUUUUUCAGGACAAGUUUCCUUGUAAUGCUCAAACAUCAAUGAUGUCUGUCAAUGUCUUGAAUGUUAAUGGGCAAACAGACUGCAUUAGUAUGCAGCAGUGCAGUAAAAAUAAUUCCAACUGAUAAUCAAACAAUAAUAAAUCAUCAAACCAUUCCUUGUCAUA